UCUGCUUUAAAAAAAAAAAUUUAAAAUUUAGGAUUAUUUCACUUUCGUUUCUGGGUGCUUCAGUUCAUACCGAUACUUUCCAUUCCCUGUUUCUCUUCACAAUCUCAACCGUCCCUAAUCUUCCUGGAGAUUCGUUCCGCGUAAUCACAGUCAAAUUUUCCUUAAAAGUUUUCAUCUUUGUGAAUGAAGGAAUCGAACGUCGAUCUUUUCGAUCCACGGGCGGUCAUGGAGUCGGACUUUUCGCCGGGCGGUGGGAACAUCGCGUCAGUUUCCGAUUCGGACUUCGGCUUCGCGUUUAACGACAGCAACUUCUCUGAUCGGGUUCUGAGAAUCGAAAUCGUUCCGGAUUUGCCGGAUACCAAGUCGGACGGCGAGGGUUGUAGCAGUAUUGCGGAGUGGGCUCGGAAUCGGAAACGUAGACGAGAAGAAAUCAAGAAAGAAAAUGCUGUGGAUGUCCUCAUGCACCCCGAAGAGCAGAUACUAAACUGUACUAUGCCAGAUACAGAGGAUGGUGUUGCCUACGAAAAUCAAGAUGAGGAAGCUGUGGCAAUGAUUGAGGAAUUACCUUCAGGUGCUGGAAUGAAUAUGAAUCAACUUGGUGAUGAAAGUGCUCAGAGAUUUGAUUCAUCCUGUAGUGUGGAGUUUUCAACUGUUCUUCGAGUAAAGACUGUACACAUUAGCUCUCCAAUAUUAGCAGCAAAGAGUCCAUUUUUUUAUAAGUUGUUUUCAAAUGGUAUGAGAGAGUCAGAGCAGCGGCACGUAACUCUACGAAUUCAUGCUUCUGAAGAAGCAGCCCUGAUGGAACUCCUGAAUUUUAUGUAUAGCAAUUCUUUAUCGACAACCACACCUUCUGCUUUGCUGGAUGUGCUGAUGGCUGCUGACAAAUUUGAGGUUGCUUCAUGCAUGAGAUACUGCAGCCGGUUGUUAAGAAAUUUACCUAUGACUAAUGAGUCGGCCUUGCUGUAUUUGGAUCUUCCUUAUACUGUUAUGAUGGCCGAAGCAGUUCAGCCGCUAACAGAAGUCGCAAAGCGGCACUUUGCUGGACGAUACAAGGAUAUAACCAAGUCCCAAGAAGAGGUGAUGGCCUUGCCUUUAGCUGGAAUUGAGGCAGUAUUAUCCAGUGAUGAACUUCAGGUAGCUUCAGAGGAUGCUGUUUAUGAUUUUGUGCUGAAGUGGGCCCGAAUCCAUUACCCAAAACUGGAGGAACGUCGAGAAAUUCUAGGGACACGACUUGGUCGCCUUAUUCGUUUUCCAUACAUGACUUGCCGAAAGCUGAAGAAAGUGUUAACGUGCAAUGACUUUGAUGCUGAACUUGCAUCCAAGGUCGUGCUGGAGUCUUUAUUUUUCAAGGCUGAGGCACCAUACCGGCAGCGCUCUCUUGCUGCAGAGGAAGUCAAUACCUCGGUACGUCGCUUUGUGGAGAGGGCAUACAAGUAUCGCCCCGUUAAGGUGGUGGAGUUUGAACUACCUCGUCAACAAUGUGUUGUAUAUCUGGAUCUGAAGCGCGAAGAGUGUGCAAAUUUGUUUCCCGCUGGCCGAGUUUACUCACAGGCUUUUCAUCUGGGUGGGCAAGGAUUUUUCCUCUCCGCUCACUGCAACAUGGACCAACAAAGCUCUUUCCAUUGCUUUGGGCUGUUUUUGGGUAUGCAAGAGAAGGGUUCGGUGUCUUUUGCUGUCGAUUACGAGUUUGCAGCAAGGUCAAAGCCGACCGAGGAGUAUGUAAGCAAGUAUAAAGGGAACUACACAUUCACAGGAGGGAAGGCUGUUGGGUAUCGGAAUCUGUUUGGUAUACCUUGGACUGCAUUCAUGGCCGAUGACAGCCUUUAUUUCAUCAACGGGAUCCUUCAUCUCAGGGCUGAGCUCACCAUCAGACAAUGAAUCGCUGCAAUAUUAAUUUUUCGUUUUUCUUUGCUAACAGCUCCUAUGGCUGUUUUAGAUACCGGGCGGGCAGGGUUAGAUGCAUUUCGGUUUUGAGGGUUGAAUGCUCAUUGUUCCAUGGACUCCACCAAGUCCCUCUGGGAUUGAAAAGGGUUGUAUGGGGGAUUAGUUGAAGCAACGUUAGAUGAGUUAUUUGGGAAACAACUACUUUAUAAUUGAUGUUAUAUAUGUAUAUGCAGUUAUCUUUGUUG